AACACAACGCGAUCCUCUCUCUCUCUCUCUCAGAAUCUAGCUUGCAAUCCUUACUCGCCACAAAAUCAAAGGCUUCCUUCCACUGAGAGAGAACACACUCGUUCGAAUCAAAAUCAAAACGAGAAAAAGAAAAUGUCGGUGACUCUGCACACAAACCUAGGCGACAUCAAAUGCGAAAUCUUCUGCGACGAGGUCCCCAAAUCCUCCGAGAAUUUUUUAGCACUAUGUGCAAGUGGUUACUACGAUGGAACUAUAUUUCACCGCAACAUUAAGGGUUUUAUGAUUCAAGGUGGAGACCCAACUGGAACUGGCAAAGGGGGAACUAGUAUAUGGGGCAAGAAAUUUAACGAUGAGAUAAGAGAAUCUCUGAAGCACAAUGCAAGAGGAAUAUUGGCAAUGGCCAAUAGUGGUCCAAAUACUAAUGGAAGCCAAUUUUUCUUAACUUUCGCAAAGCAACCCCAUUUAAAUGGGCUAUACACUGUGUUUGGCAAAGUAAUUCAUGGAUUUGAAGUGCUCGAUCUCAUGGAGAAGACACAAACAGGGGCAGGGGACCGACCACUUGCGGAGAUUAGGCUCAAUCGUGUAACAAUACAUGCUAAUCCACUUGCUGGUUAGCCUUUUGUCUCAACAGUUUUUUUUUAUGUAAAAUUUCAGUUUUUGUUUUUAAAAAAUGAUCUAGCUUAAAGGGAAGGAGAAAGUGAAUUCUUAUGUACUAAUUUGAGUACUUGUUCAUACCUACUGAUUCAAAGUAGCAUUUUGAUUGAUCAAGUGUAGUAAAAUGUAUAAUGAUUUAUGAGAUAUGCAUGGAAUACGAUAAGCACAUAUUUAUGGAUAUUUCAAGUGGCGAAAUUGUAUGAUGUGAGA